AUGAAGUUCAUGAGACUUGGAAAAAUGCCAGACACAUUCUAUACAGGCGAAGCCACAAGGACCAUGGUUUCUGACUUACAAAGUGAUCUCACCAUACGCAUCAACAACAUCACUUAUCUUCUCCAUAAGUUUCCACUUCUUCAAAAGUGUGGCCUCCUGCAACAACUUUGCUCAGGGAAAGGAGACACUACUCUGGAGCUUCAUGACAUUCCUGGUGGUGAAAUAUCUUUUGAGCUGUGUGCAAAGUUUUGUUAUGGGAUCAAGAUUGACCUCAGUGCCCAUAACUUUGUAGCAGCAUUAUGUGCAGCAAAAUUCUUGCAGAUGACAGAAUCUGUUGUGAAGGGAAACUUUGUCUCGAAGCUUGAGCUUUUCUUUACUUCAUGCAUUCUUCAAGGCUGGAAGGAUUCUGUUGUCACAUUGCAGACUACAGAAAAGUUUCAUGAAUGGUCUGAGAAUUUUGAAAUUAUCAGAAGGUGCAUCGAUUCUGUAGUUGAUAAAAUACUCACACCCACAACAAAGGUAAGAUGGUCCUACACUUAUACUAGACCAGAAUAUGCAGAAAAGAAGCACAAAUCUGCACCCAAAGAUUGGUGGACAGAAGACAUAGCAGAGCUUAAUAUAGACCUAUUCAGAUGUGUCAUUAAUACUGUAAGGUCAACAGACAUGAUUCCACCAAAGCUUAUAGGUGAAGCUUUGCAUGUUUAUGCAUGUCAUUGGCUUCCAGAUGUUACAAGGGGUAGAUCUGAUCAACCUGAAACAUCAACAUCUUCUCAAAUCACCCAAGAAGAAUCUUUCAACAGAAAGAAACAACUUGAGAUGAUUGUAAGCCUAAUUCCAGAAGAUAGAGGAUCAGUUUCAGUUCGAUUCCUACUGAGACUCCUUAGAAUGGUGAAUCUUUUAGGGGCAUCUUCUGCCAUACAUAAACAACUCAUUAGGAAAUGUAGCUUGCAGUUAGAGGAGGCAAUGCCAAAUGAUUUGCUAUUAUUAUUGCCUUCACAUGAUCAUGACUCUUCUGGUGAUCAUCAUCAAACUUAUGAUAUUGAUCUGGUAAUGGCUGUCUUGGAGGGUUUUAUCACACAAUGGAGAAAAUCAUAUUCUAGAGAUGAAGAACAAUCAAUGAUUUUGAUUUCAAAAAUUGCAAAACUCAUAGACUCUUAUCUCCAAGUUGUCUCCAGAGAUGCAAACAUGUCAGUAGAGAAAGUAGUGUCUCUUGCCAAUAUUUUACCUGAAUUUGCUCGACCUGAACAUGAUGAUCUUUACAAGGCAAUCGACAUUUAUCUAAAGGAACAUCCCCAAAUGAGCAAGGAAGAGAAGAAGCGCCUGUGUAGCAUUUUGGAUUGCCAUAAGUUGUCUGCAGAAGCACGAGCCCAUGCAGUAAAAAACGAGAGGCUUCCAUUGAGAACUGUUGUGCAAGUUCUUUUCUUUGAACAGGAGAAACAUGGUGGAAAGGCAACAACAAGCCAUGAAAGUCGAAAACAUGAUAUAAUACAACCUCAGGGCAUAAAAAUAACAUAUUAUACAGGAGAUCAUCUGAGAAAUUUACAAGCGCGCUCAGGUGAUAAGUCUAAUAAAGCAGAGGAUGAUAGACGACGAAGUGCUCUUAGCAGUAAAAGCCAAAAGCUUGAACGAGAAUCAGAACAGAAGUCGAGGGGAAAAAAUGUUCACGAGAUCAUGGAGGAAGGAAUUAGUAAACAAAAUCUUACAAAAGUAAAGAUACAAAGAACUAAAUCAGAGCAUGGUCGUCGUAAAGGCAAGUAG